AUGGAUUUCAACAGAAUAGGGAAUGGAGGAAUUUAUAAGCCAACGAUUCUUACCGAUGCUGUACCGUCAUCAUCAUCAAUCAUUGGAUAUUUAAUAAAUAAUCCUAUUGAUGAUUGUCUAACAUCAUCUGUUCAUGAUAGUGGUUGUUAUUCGUCUACAGCUGAUGAAUUACACCUAAUGUCGUCACAUAUAGCUAGUUCAAAUAGUAGCGCAAAACAUCAUAAUCGUCAUCAUCAUCAUUACACAAAACAUCGUAGAUUAACAACAGAUCAAAAUGAUUCUAUUUAUAAUAAGAAUAAUCAACUAUUAGGAAAUGAACCAUUUGAUAAAGUCAUAAUAAAUGUAAGUGGUUUACGUUUUGAAACACGUGCAUCAACAUUACAACGUUAUCCUCAUACAUUACUUGGUGAUAAACAACGACGUGCACAUUUUUUUGAUUCGAUGAAUAAUGAAUAUUUUUUUGAACGACAUCGUUCAUCAUUCGAAGCGGUUCUUUAUUUUUAUCAAAGUGGUGGACGUCUUGCAAGACCAGAAAAUAUUUCAGCAGAAAUUUUUUUAGAAGAAAUAAAAUUUUUUGAUCUUGGUGAAGAAGUGCUCAAACGUUAUCGAAAACAGGAAGGCUAUGUAGAAGAAAUUCCUGUUGAACGACCAGUCAAUGAAUUCCAACGUUUCGUUUGGGAAAUAUUUGAAUGUCCAGAAUCAUCAAAUAUAGCAAGAGUUGUUGCAAUUAUAUCAAUUGUUAUGAUUAUAGUGUCUAUAGCUUCAUUUAUAAUAGAAACACUCCCGUCCAUCCGUAAUGAACCGUUAAUGUCACUAGAAAAUAAUGUAAAUAAUACAAAUCAAUUUAAUUCAUUACCACCAGGUAAUGAAACAAGACUUUAUUGGUUAUUUUUUAUUAUUGAAACAAUAUGUGUAACAUGGUUCUCUUUUGAAUUUUUAUGUCGAUUUUUGGUAGCACCGUCCAAAUUUGCUUUUAUUAAAAAUGGUCCCAAUAUUAUUGAUGUUGUUUCAAUAAUACCAUAUUUUAUACAAUUAAUUGGAUUAAUUUAUCAGAAAAAAGAUAAUACUGUACCCGGAUUUUCAUCUACAUUAACUGUAUUAAGGAUUGUUAGACUUGGUCUACAAGUACUUGCAUUGACAUUUUUAGCAUCUUGGAAAGAAUUACUUCUAUUAAUGUUUUUUCUCUUUAUUAUUGUUAUUGUUUUUUCUUCAUUUAUGUAUUUUGUUGAAGCUGAUUAUUCAAGUAUACCUCCAUCGAGAACACCACCAAUCCAUAUGCCAUCAACAUCUAUAUCAUGUCCCCCAUCUACUAAUUGUCUUUCAACAUAUGAUCAAAAUAUUGCUCCAACACAAGCGAACAAUCAGUUUGCAUCCAUUCCUGAUUCAUUUUGGUUUUCUAUAAUAACAAUGACAACUGUUGGUUAUGGUGAUUAUGUUCCACGUACAACAUUAGGAAAAGUUAUUGGUGCAGCAUGUGCUAUAACAGGUGUAUUAACAAUAGCAUUACCUGUACCAAUAAUUGUAUCAAAUUUUACAUAUUUUUAUCAACGACAAAUGGAAGAUAAUGAACGACAAUAUCAAGCAAGACAAAAAGCACAAGCAGCAAAUCAAUUAGCUUUAGAAAAACGUCAAUUAUAUUCAUUAAAUGAUAAUGAUCAUGGACCUGAACUUAAUGAAUGGGAAACAACAUUAAAUGAACCUGAUUAUUCAGCUUAUCGACAAAUAACACAUGCAGUUGCAAAAAAAUUAGUACAUAAUGUUUAUUUUAAAGCAUUUCGUGGUUCAAAAAAAAUGAAUCCAGCUUUGCGUUAUCAAAGUUUACCACCAUCAGCAGCACCAUAUCAAAUAACACAUAGAAUUUAUCAAUUAGCGGAUGAUAAAAAUGAGACGGAUAUUUUGCAAUAA